UAUCCUGCGGGUGUUUUUCUAGGAGAGGAAAAAACCCACGCCCAGCUCGCCCUCUGUGCAUCCCAGUGUUAGCAGCGUGUAACCGUACCCACGUGCGAGCGCCUGCUGAACGCGCCACGCGCCUGCUGUACAUAAGCUGCGCCUCGACCCUCGCAUCGCCACUACGUACAGACGCGGCUCCCAGACACACGCUUGGAAUUCCAUCGAGCGGACGACAAGACAGCAUCAUGGUUGAGGCAGUUCUUGGAAAGUGGCAGGUGGACCUGGACUCCACGACUGGACUGGAGGAGUUCGGCGCAGCUAUUGGUUUCUCAGAACAGCGGAUUGAGACCUACCGAAAGUUGUCGUACACCCUGGAACUCUCAGGAGCUGGCGACACUUUCACGGCCACCGUCGUCUUCGAUGCCGAGGGUAUCCCACCCCAGACCUACUCUUUCAAGCUCGGCGAGACAAUCGACUACAACGCCAUUGAUGGCACCAAGCCCAAGCUGACAAUCACACUGGAUGGCAACAAAUUUAUUGAGACCUACAAACUGGAAGACAAAGAAUGGCAGACAACAAGAGAGGUUGACGGCAGUGUCAUGACCUCGACAACAAGCUUUGGUGGUGCAGCUAUAGUGCAGAAGCUCAACAAAGUGUAAGGGAGAAAUGAAAACCAGACUUCUUAGGGAAAAAAAGGACCAGCAAACCUCUGACUGAAGAGAUGGCUUUCAGCGCUCCAAAAUCUUUAAUGUUUUUACAAACUCCGCAAUCAUGACGCUUUUGUGCCAUCCAUUUUCAUGAUACAGCUUGUGGCUUUUUAAUGGAGCUCAAUAUCCAGUGGCAACCACCAGUGUGUAAAAAUCAGUGUCAUUUUGUUGCUAGUUUAUUUUAUUUUCAAGUACAUAACAUCGAGUUGUGCUUAUUUAACUAUUAUGCUCAAGAUCUUUUUAUUUUCUUUUUGUAUCUUUUUUUGCAUCAAUGGAACACAUGUACUAUUAAAAUUGUGAUUCACUA